CACGAUGUGGUUGGAGCUGAAUCUGGCUGAGGAUGAGGAGGCUGAAGAGGAGAGAACCCAACACAGAGCGCUGGGGAGAGCCCCCUCCUCACUGUGAUGGAUUUUGAUGUCCCUCUUGUUGUUUGUUGUCUCUGAGUCAGGAAGUUAAAGACCCAUCUGCAUGCGUUGUUGUUGUCUUGGAAUCAUGUGUACAGCCUAUAUUAGGCUGUACACAUAAAGACAACAGGCCAUGUGUCAGAAAAUGAAAACUUAAAACGAGAAAAUGUCAAACAUUUAUUUCUGACUGCUUUUCGUUGUUUUUUUUCUCCGACUCUGAUGACCUGUCGUCUGCUCGCUCUUUGGUGCGCCUGCGCUGCUUGGAGACACGCCUCUUCUUUCUGCAAACCAUGUGCCCGUGGCUUGGUAAAUAAAGAUUCCUGCGAGGCUUUCUCUUCCAUUAAAGUGCGAUAUUUUUGCCAAACGCUGACUUCUGCACGACCCGAGGAGUCAAAAUGUCGGCUGGCGUGGUGACUUUCCAGGCGCAGGUGGAGACAGUGCUGGGAGCGCUGUUCAAGGCGGCCACGACGGAGUUGACCCAACUGUUCGAGAGCAGAUACGGAGCGUUGGCAGUGGAUGCGGGCCGCACCAAGGACCUACGGGGAAAGGAAACCUUGCAUACGCCGGAGAGUUUAUCGAGUGGGGAAUCGAGACGCAGCAUCGGAGUGCAAGUGGAGGAGGAGGACAUUUAUCAGCCGUCCGAGCUUUCUGCUCCCAUUUACCCCUCAGAAGGGUAUGGUUGUCUGAGGGGGUGCGAGAAGGUGGAGGGGUGUGUCUUUCCAUCAGAAAUCCUCCUGGACAAAGCUCAUGGCCACACCGACCCUGAAUGGUUACCUCCUAAGGAACAGGUUGUGACGCAGACUGUUGAUAUGGUGGAGUUGAGCGUCCUUGAGGAGGAGUCUCCGGCUGAUAGUGAUUCUCAAACUGAAGUUGUUUUGAAUGUCUCGGCACAGAAGCGGACAGAAACAUUGAGCUGUGAAUCUGCUCUGAGCUCUCCGGCUAAACCAAAGCCUCUUGUGAUCCAACCGGAUACAAGUGCCACCACUUCUGGGGAUAAAGUGAAAUUUGUUUGCCCGUUAAUCCUUAAGCAAGAAUCUCCAGUACCCAAACCUAAAAAUUCAAAGAAGCCAGAUCAAGCCAGCACUGCCAAGGGUACUGCUUACAGUCCGUCCAUAUUAGAUGGAGCUGUGACUCCCUCACAGGUUGGGGUGUGGGAACGUAUCCACACUGUAGAGGAGACGAAGAACCAUCUCCAGAUGAAACUGAAACUCACACCUUCAGACCAAAAGUUGCUGCGCCCCUGUGCUGUGCAGUUGGUAGACAUGCUCAUGAUACCUGAAUUAGAGAUGAAGAUUCAGCAUGAUGCUCCUAAACCCCACAGUGCUCACUGCAAAACAGUCUGGCCUGUGCCCAAAGACCUCCGCCACCAUCGAGGUCUUCACACGGGCCAUCGCCUCUGCUGCUUCACCCAAUGUGGAAAUGGCGUUUGGCGUCUCCAGAAGGUUGUCACUCGCUCGCAUGAGGGAUACGCUUGCAGUAUCUGUCGGAAAACUUUCAAGCGAAGAAAGAUUCUCCGGCGACACGAGCGCUUCCACACAGGACUUAAACCAUACUCAUGCUCCGUCUGCUCCAAGACGUUUGCCCUGAGGAAGAGCCUCCGCCGCCACCUUAGGUUCCACACAGGGGAGAGACCGCACACCUGCACGAAGUGCAACAAGAGUUUUAGAUUGCGAGAAAAUCUGAAGGCACACCUGAGGUUUCACACUGGAGAGAAGCCCUUCAGCUGCGCCACAUGUGGUAAAACUUUCAGGAUCCUCAGGAAUCUGGAGAAACACAAACUCAGCCAUUUUGAAUUCUUUGUUCCGUCAUUCAGGACAAUUGCCGGCAUGUAAAAAAAAAAAAAAAAUGCUGACAAUGGCAGGUUGCACCACGGUCUACCUCAGACUCAAAAAUUCUAACUCACUUCCCUUAUAGCUGUCACAUAAAGCCGAGAUGAAAACAUUUAAUGGUGAGAUCACAGAUUGCAACCAACUGAACAACUUUUCCUAUAAAUUGUGUAAGAGACGUUGGUUGCUGUUCAGUAUAAAAACGCAAAAGGCCCUCCUUAGAGUCCGUGUGUGGUGUGCUCAUUCUGGGCUACUGUAGAAACAGUUUGGUGCACCAUGGCAAAUUUGGUAAAAUGGGACAGGACCCCCUCCCCAUGUAGAUGUGAGGUGCUCACUAUAAGCUAACCAAAAAGUGGUUGAAUGACUGAUUUUUUUAAAGUCGGCUAAUAUGUAGUGUAAAAACUUUAGACAAUGAAAUUCACCUUCAAAUUGCUGAUGUGCAGCCUCCUUCUCUCGGUUACCACAGGUGAAGUUAAUUGACUGUCAUUGAGAGGAUUUGUACCGUUCCUCUGUCAGCAUUAGCAGAUGCCUUUUCAGAUGAGUGUGCAUUGCAGUAGUACACUUGUUGUGUUUCAGGACUGCCUGGUUGACUUCCUGCUUGAAGCAUCAAGGCACAGCAGUAAAGUACAAUUCCUAAACAAAAACACAAUGCAUUUGCAUGUAUGAAAAGUUAAUUUUGAAUACUACAUUCCAUUUCUCGUAGUCUACGCACUGGUCCUUUAAAGUUAUAAAUGAGACAGGAACUGAGAUCCAUAAUGAGUCCUGGUAUUUCGAGUCAUUCCAUAGGCAUUACAUUGUUAUGCCUGAUUUUAGGUGAUUUUUAAAAACUCACUACUGAUGAUUUUGUGUUAUUUUUCUGUUUUGUUUUUAUCCUAAUAUUGGAGCAGUGGUUUUCCAUUUUUUUCUGCAAAGUCCCCCUUUUGUAUAUAAAAAUAUUUUCAGGUCCUUCCACCCCCUAAAAGACACUUCAUCCGUCUGCAAGGCUAUAAGCUGCUCGUCUAUGUCCUUUGACCUGUAAUAGAUGAGCUUUUUUGCUUUUAUCGUACUGUUGCUUCAUCAAGUGUUGUUGAGACCAGAUCGAUAGAAGUAUUCAUUCCUCUGUUGUAGUGUGUGUGCUUUUUUACCCUGAAAAACUCUACAGGCAACUUUAUAUGAGGUGAACUGAGCAUUGAAAUCAAUGUAUUAGUUGGCCUGCAGGAAUUCCAGUCAACAUGGUUUAGCAUUAAUCCAACAUCCCCUCCCCCUUUGGGGGUGGAAGAUCUCUGCUGCUCAUUACAGACUGUGUAUUAAGUGGGUUGGAUUUGGAAUAUUUUAUACUUUUAUAGGUAAGAAAUAUAUAUGGUAGUUGUCUGGUUGGACAACACACAGGUCCUUAACUUUUAUAGCCUAUACUAUAACGCGCCAAUAUACAUGUACUGAUGUUUGUUUUUUACAUUUUUAUUCUUAUAUGCUCUGUAUUCUGUAUUAUUUAUGUGCCCUUUUGAAAUAUUGUUGUUUUUUAUGUUUCUUUAUCCAUACACAAUGUUAACAAAUGUCCUUUUUCAUCAUUCUAAAGUUUCUUGUUGAAAUUGUCUUUGUAUUAAUAAAAAAAAAAUUAUACUUUG